AUGAACGCGUUGGGAAGGAGGAGGAACGGAGAUGAAAAUGUCGGGUGGAAAUUCGCCUGCGUAGGGUACGGAAGCGCCAAGAGUCUCUCGCAAAGCGAGAGGAGGAAAACAUUUGAAGAAGAAGAAGAAGAAGAGUUACCUCGAUGUCGCGGGUUGGAGAUUCUAGUGAGCGAACGCGUCCUGAACAAGAACGAUGAUGACGACGACGCGGAAACUAAUAACGGAGAUCAAAGAAGAAGAGAAGAGCGACGGCGACGAGGCGUAACGGAUGCGAAAGAGGAUAAAGACGAUUUUAUCGUCGCUUUGCGCGAGAAACCAGACGAAAACGAGAUCGAUAGAAAGAGAAAUAGAACAACGACGAGCGGUAGUAGUAAAAGCGCUUCUUCGUCCGAAAAAGAAGAAAGCGGUGUCUUCGCGGGACGCCAACGCCGCCUCUUCCCGCCCCCGCACGGGACGCCGACGCCCUCGUCCUCCUCCUCCUCCUCGCGAGAAAGAGAAAGAAAAAUCGACGCCGAGCAUAAACUCCCUCCCGAGCUCAAAACCUUCAAACAAAGGUUCUACAUGCAAUCGAAGUUGAUUUGGACGCGAAUGGAGAAACACGCCAAGUACGUCUAUUCCGGCGCCUUUGCGAAAGAUUUGUAA